AACGCUGUGACCUGCUUACUUUCGAUACAGUUUGGCUUUGCCCCCAUCGGACGGCAUAGACUGGGUGGUCCCAUAGACAGGGACGUAGCACCUUGUGUUGAGCGGAAAAGAACGAAUGGUUACAGGUUGGACAAAGCGAUUCGACACCCCUCCCUGGCUGUUUAGUUGUAGUCGAGACCCAGCUGAUUGCUUUGAGUCCCGUGAGGACACUUGGAUGAUCAAUCAAUUCAAACGGAGUUGUUCGGAACGUUUGGUUUUCUGUGGCCGCUCGUGUCGGCAAAGCCAUUCCAACUCCCGGUCCGCUUCAACUGGGGAUUAUUUCUAGAAGAGGAUAUUUUCAACUUUUAGUUUACCGAAGAUUCUCAUAACGAGUAGGCCCUUGUCUCAUCCCCAGCCUCGCGUACACUUCUAAUUUUAAGUCAUGGGGGAUACUGGUAGCGAACGCAGAAAACCACCAAGUUUACCACCUCGGUGUCCAUGUGGAUUUUGGGGGUCAAGUAAAACCAUGAACCUCUGCUCCAAGUGCUUUGCUGAUAUCCAGAAAAAGCAGCCAGAUGAGGACUGUGCCCCUAAGCCCGCCCCAGCCUCUGGAAGUAGCCAAUCAGCCGUCUUCAGUAGCGAGAGUAGCACCAUCAGUAGCCAGUCCCUUUCGUCUCAGCCCAGUGGCUCCGACCAACCGCCAAGCGAUGAUCCUCUCCCUGUGUUCUCUGGCACACAGGAGGGUGUGUCGUGCACAGAGACGGCCCAGGGCACGCUGUGCACUCCCACCAAACGUCCUUACGACUCAGCUUCAGGGUCUGAGAGCGAGGCGUCACCAGAGAAACGGGCCCGGACGGACGAGGAGGCGGGGGGGAGCGAGGAGCCCUGCGGGGGGCCCAAGCAGAAGAACCGCCGGCGCUGCUUUCGCUGCCAAACCAAACUAGAGCUGGUGCAGCAGGAACUGGGCUCGUGUCGCUGUGGCUACGUGUUCUGCAUGCUGCACAGGCUCCCUGAGCAGCACGACUGUCUGUUCGACCACCUGGGCCGCGGCCGCGAGGAGGCCGUCCUCAAGAUGGUGAAGCUGGAGCGCAAGGUGGGCCGCUCCUGCCAGCGCAUCGGGGAGGAGUGCUCCUGAGCACCCACACAGCCCAGCCAAUCAGAGAGCAGGCACUUAGAGAGAGA